CGAAGCCAGUCCCGCGCCAAGCGCGCGGUCUGAGAGCCUUUCCCGAAGUCCCUUGCGCGGCACCUGGCGACAAAAUGGCUGCCCGAGGGAGACGGGCGGAGCCUCCGGGUCGGGAGGCGCCCGGCCCGGCGGGCGGCGGCAGGAGCCGAUGGGCUGAGUCGGGGCCAGGAACGUCACCCGAGAGCGGGGACGACGAGGUAUCGGGCUCAAGUCCGGUGUCCGGCGGUGUGAACUUGUUCGCCAACGACGGCAGCUUCCUGGAGCUGUUCAAGCGGAAGAUGGAGGAGGAGCAGCGGCAGCGGCAGGAGGAGCCACCCCCGGGCCCGCAGCGACCCGACCCAUCGGCCUCCGCCGCGGCGGGCCCAGGGAAUCCGAAGAGGAAGGGCGGCCCAGGCCCCACACUCAGCUUCGUGGGCAAGCGCAGAGGCGGGAACAAACUAGCCCUCAAGACAGGAAUAGUAGCCAAGAAGCAGAAGACGGAGGAUGAGGUAUUAACAAGUAAAGGUGACGCAUGGGCCAAGUACAUGGCAGAAGUGAAAAAGUACAAAGCCCACCAGUGCGGUGACGAUGAUAAAACUCGACCCCUGGUGAAAUGACCCCCUCCCAGGUGCUCACUGCCUGGGACUCUCUGCAAUGUACAUAACUAUUUAAGGCGGUAAUGGCAGCGGCCUUCCUGGAGGACUGAUACACAGAAGGAAACCAAGGCGCUUCCCGUGGCCGCAGACCAUUCUCCAGGACUCUUUUUUUUUACCUUGAGCACUUGCCUCCUGAGACUCACUAGACCAGUGGUUUACUGUCCCCUUUCUUCCCACCACCGCUUUCUCUGGCUCUGUCUCUCUUGCUGUCCUUCUCCUUUCAGCAGUCACUUCUGAGAAGUAAAGAACCUGAUUUAGUGCUGGA